AUGGCGAUCGACCACACUAGCCUCUGUGUCCCCGAAGACAAAUUCCAAGAAUGCCUCAAAUUCUACCUCGAAGCUCUGAAGCCGCUUGGCUAUGAAAUUCGACAUCAAUACGGCGAGUUUGUCGUCGGACUGGGAUCGGUAGACGAAGACUUGGAUAGUUACAAACGUGCCGACUUCUGGGUCUUUGGCACGAAGACGGUACCUGAGCGUUCUAUUCAUGUCGCAUUCGCCUGCCGCAAUCAUGCCUCUGUUGACGCUUUCCAUGCCGCGGCAGUUCAAGCUGGUGGCAAGGACAAUGGCCCUCCCGGCUUGCGAGCAUUCUACCAUCCCAAAUAUUACGCCGCUUUUGUGCUAGAUCCCGCAGGAAACAAUGUCGAGGUUGUGGAUCAUGGGGUUUGA